UAAACGUAGUUUUUAGAACACCAGGUACUAGUUUUAUUGAAUACAAAAGUCAGCUGAGACCAAAAAACAUUGUCGAUCACCGGGUAUUUACAUUCAAAUUAUUACCAGAUUCUUUUUGCUAAAGCAAUAAAGUAUUCACCUUUUGUUUUUGACGACCAGUAAAUUUUACAGUGUUUAUUUUCAUUUUCAUGAGCUUUCGGCAAAGGUUGUAUAUAUAUUUAUUGUAAAUUGAUUAUACUGAACAAUAGGAUAUGAUUACAGGAUUGGCGAUAAUACUGAAUACACAUAAAGAAACAUUCCGCACCCAUUCAUAUUAUAGACACUCCUUACUUACAGUUCGUUUUGGAAUGAUUGACAACACGCCUAUACCGCCUCGAAUAAUCGUCAUUACUGAUGGCAAAGCAACGGGUGUUAAUGACAUAAUUGAGUUUGACGAAGAACCCCACGAGGAUAGCACUAGGGUCAGGCAGCAAAUUAUAGAAGAAAUCAGUGCAAUACUGAAGGAGGAGAUUGAAGUACAUUUUGUAUAUGUUGGUGACCCGGACAUAGUAUUUUUACACAAACUGCAAGAAAUAACUGGGGGUGAAUUGGUUCCAUAUACAUCAGGAAGAACAAUGGCGAAGUAUAUUGCAUUCAAGUGCAUGUUACAGCAUGAUAAAGCCUCGCUCGCAAGAAAGGAGGAGAAGCAGAAAAAGAGGGAACAUAAAGGCACAAAAGACGAUAAAGAGGCAAAAGGAGGAAAAGGAAAGGAGACCCUUGAAAAGGGAGUUCCACUGUCUUCAAGGCCGCCGGCCGCAAUAAUGGCUAAAAUACAAAGAAGGAUGCUAAAGAGGUUGCUGGGAUCAACGGAUAGAUCGAUUGAUUCAGAUAGUUCAGACAGCUCAGAUGAUUCUGAUAUAGAGACUGAACGCGAACACUUUCCUGAAUUCUUGCGGAAGAAACACGGAUUACCAGAAAUGCCGAAUCGACUUGAUCUGGAGAAGUUUAUGAGAGACCAUAUGACAACGAUGGGGCAAGAUUUCUACAAAGAAAACACAGAGAUGCAAAAGUAUGCCCCUAUCGGUUCUAGGGUUAAACGUGGAAGGGACUGGAGGUGGGGAAAUCAAGAUAAAGGAGGUCCAGGAACGAUAAUUGGACAUUCAUAUGACGAACUGAAGAAAUACUGGUGUUGGGUGGAGUGGGAUGCAAAUGGAGAUAUUAAUGCGUAUCGGUGGAACAUGAAUGGCAAAUGUGACUUGACUAUUGUGGAAGAAGAAAGAGUGCCCAAUGAGGGGAAGAUACUUGCUGUUGGAAGCAGGAUCAAACCUGGAGAUGCCUUCAAAGGUGACAAACUACAUGAAGAGGGUAUAGUGAUAAAACUCAUAGAUGAUGUCAAAGUGCAGGUCCGGUGGGCUAAUGAUGGAUCAAGGGAAGAACUAGCCUUUGGAAAAGAUGGAUCACCAACAGAAAUAGUGCCUGUGACCAUUAAAGGUGAAAUAUGCAAUUUGCUUAAAAACUUUGAAGAGAAACAUAUAGAAUAUUAA